CUCCCACCACGUCUAUGACCCCCAACCAACAUCCGUCUCCGGGUUCAGGGGUCACCGCGGGCCCCACCGCCUUGCAACAUGUCCGCGCCCAUGGAGUUGCAGUGCUGGCGGGGUGACUGGGGGCUGCCGUCCGUGGAGCCGGGCAGCCUCACGGUCAUGGCUUACGCCAAGUUCGCCGGAGCCCCCCUGAAGCUGCAAAGGACCAACAACCCCUGGUGGACGCCGACAGGGAGCCUGCCAGUGUUCAAGUCGGGCAAGGACGUCAUAACUCAACCCUUACAAAUCCUGGACCACCUUAGAAAACAGAACUUCAACGCCGACUACGGACUCUCUCCGAAGGAGGGCGCCGACACGCUGGCCUUCAUCGCCCUCGUCGAGCAGAAGCUCCUGCCUGCGCUCACGCACGCCAUGUGGCUGGACCCCGUGAACUACGUGGAGCUGACGCGGCCGUGGCACGGAGAGGCCAUCCCCUUCCCGCUCAACUUCGUGCUGCCCAACCGCAUGCACCACGCCGCCGAGGAGAGGCUGCGGCAGAUGCGCGGCGGGGACGCCGACCCCAUGGAGGAGGCCGUCCAGAGCGAGAUUUACGCGGAGGCAAUGGACUGCCUCAGCCUCCUGUCGCACACGCUGGGUGACAAGGAAUACUUUUUCCGCGACUCGCCCACCACGCUGGACGCGGUGGUGUUGGGACACGUGGCUCCGCUGCUGCUCGCGCCGCUGCCCAGCGCCAAGCUGCAGCAGCACCUCAAGGGGCUGGACAACCUGUGCCGCUUCUGCCAGCGCAUACUGGCGCAGUACUUCCCACAGGACGAGCAGGACGGCCCACCGAGCAAGAAUCACCAGCGGCGGCAGAAUCAGCCCGCAAGCUCCCCGUCGCCUUCCGAGGGGGAUCACGAGCCGCACAAGCUGCGGAACCAGCUGCUGUCGCUGCUGGUGGCGGUGGGCGCCAUGGUGGGCUACGCGCUCUUCCACGGGCUGGUGACAAUCGAGCGCGUGGGCGGCGCCGACGCGGACGCCGACAUCCCCACGGAGAUGUACCCCGACGCCGGCGCCAGCGACGACGACGACGAUGGAGAUAGUUGAGCGUCGUCUUUGGGGGGGGUGGUGGGGGUGGGGUGGGUUGAGCGAACUCUCAAAAGAUCGCACCGGCGACUUGCGGGGGAGGGUUUAGUAUUACAGUAAUAAUGACAACAGUACUUUAUUUAUCUGGAGAGUGAAUUUAGGGGCUCUCUCUCUCGUGCAAGAGGGGGAGGGGUUCUUGUUUGUCGAGAUGAUGUUUGGUCGUUUUCGCAUGGGGGGAAAUCAGAUGCCUCUUUUCCCACUUGGUAUCCGAGCUGCGCCAGGACCCGUGCCACCGAUGUCAACGUGCAAUAAUUCACCGGUCAACACACUUGUUUCUGGCAUAAGGUGUUCCAACGGUUUGAAGGUAAUUUUGGGGUGCUGAUUCCAAAUCUGGCAAGUCAGUUUUUGUCUAUCACAUCAGGUUUUUGAGAUAUCAAAUAUUGCAUUUUCAAUAAAAACGUCACGAGAAAAAUAUUAAAUAAAUGUGGAUAUUUACAUAAAAUGAUAUUAUAAACACACUAUCCUAAAAAUACAGCGCCAUAUUUCAACACUAAAGCAGUCACUGACCCGCAACAACUUGCAAUCAUAAGUGACAGAGUUAAUUUCGGAUAAAAUCAAUUAAAAUGGGGUAUGCCGAUAGUAUAAAAAUGAGAUGUGAUAGAGCAAAUCUGAGAUCAGAUUUGGAAUCAGCAAAGUCCAGGCCAGAAAAAAAAAUGUAUUUUUUUUUGUUGACCAGUGUAAUCGAAAGUUGACACUCCGUGUAAAAUGUCGCGGGUGAUGCACUGCGUUGGUCUCCACGUACCGAUGUCUACACGCGGCCAACGCACCGUUAGACCCAUCCCUGCCCUGCUUGUCCCCGCUGAGCCAGAUUCACUUUUGUCUUGUAAGCUCGGCAUAUCGGCGGCAAAUAGCCAGUGGGGGAAAACCCACCUGCCUCACCGCAAAGGUCCUGCGCUGGCUCUGAUGUGCCAGUGGGAAACGGGAGCAAGUGUCUGGGGAGAACAAGCGCGCUUUGCGACGGGGAUAACGCAGAAAUGUGUACAUAGGCCAGAAACCUUACUUGGUCUACAGCCGUCUGGGCCAAUAUCGUUCUACAAGAUUAGGGCUCUUCAAGUAAACCUCUGCCCGGUCCGUUAACUCCCCCUCCAAAAGUUUUGCAUAAGGUGCUCACCACCACAGCGAACCCACUGCAUCAUCCGCGUUCCGAUCCCACGCCCCCUCGUGUCAACAAGGUACGGACUUGUUUCUUUACGUUAAGCAAUCAUUUGCCAAUCUGAUGUAAAAAAAUAAAUAAAUGUGAAAUUCCCACGGAUGUCGAUUGAUAAACCUCGUAAGCUGGACCGGCGCGCGAGGAGAGGCUGUGCAGCGUUAGGGCCUGGUGUCGUCUCUGCAUCCACCUUGAUGAGAUGGCAUGAAACCACACAAGCGGUUAACACGUUCCUUCGGAGUGGGCAGGUAGGAGCUUGGUUGGACAGCGCAUUCGUGCGAUCCGUGUCACGUGGCGCAAGCUAUGUGGGGCGGCGCGUCACGUGGUGCUGAGCCCUCCCGAAGCGCUCUGAAAUACAAAUCGAGGGCGUGGCUAUGCACGACAGACAAAUAAUCCCUGGUGGGCAGUGUGGAACUGUUGUUCCUACCUGUAUUUACUUCACUCAUGGGGGCUACUCCUGUGUCCAGCUGGUCUCUUUAUAUUCUUGGUUCUUUCGGUAAAGUCACGUAGAAGGGAAACAAUAAAAUAAUAAAAAUAAUAAACAACAAAAUUCCCACGACGUUUCGACUGCCAAUACAAGCAAUCAUCAUCAGGCGUGAAAUCCACAGCAAGAAAAUUUGAAAAAAGUCUAAACGUGAGAAUUUUAUUGUUUUAUAUUUGUAUUAUUUUAUUGUUUCCCUUCUACGUGACUUUACCGAAAGCACCAAGAAUAUGAAUCCCUGCAGUCACGAAAGCUUUAAAUCAAAAUUGGUCUCUUGUCGUUUACUUCCUCUAAUGCAGAUGCGUCAGGGUAAAUUGUCACGGACGUGGUAAAUGAAUGUGCCACAAGGACUGCAGCUAAGUCGUCGUCGUCACCAUCACGGCCCGAGGCUCAGCGCCUGGCCAAGGCGAGAGCGCCACCUUGGGAACAAGACAACGCCAGGCAGCUGUGAUGGCAGCGCCGCACAUCGCGACAAUUAAAAUGACACCAGGCGCACCGCUUUGCAAAUACGGCGACCCAGAGUCCAAUUCUCGGACGUAGACAAACAUUCGUGGCGAGUGAUAUCCAAAGCCAUCUUGGGCCAUAUCCCCUCUCUCCUUUCCCAACCUGUACUGUGACCAGCAUGGCAACGAUAGGGCAAACAACCCCCCCCCCCCCCAUUACCCAUUACCGACACCGCCUGCAGAGGCUUUUGUCCAGCAGUGGAUUGAAAAAGGGCUCUACACAACAGGUUUACGAGUGAAUCGGAGUUGUGUGUGUAACAGUGCAUACAUUCGUUGCUUAAUACAUUCUUAUACUCAUAAUACAUGCGGCAAACGAUGUGCACGAGAAUCUGUUGUUUUGUGUGUGUACGUUGUAAGUUAUGUUACACCCCCCCCCACCCCCGCUCCUGCCACUUGAGCUUGCUACAUUCACCACUUUUUAAAAUUAAUUGCUUAGGAGGGAGUGAAUUGUUACACCCCAAUAGGCAUAUCACAAUUUGGUUUUAAAAUGUUGACAUGAUUUUACUACGAUAUGUACAUCAACAUGUGGAUUUACGAAUUCGCUAUUUCCUCAACGUGAUUGCUUCUUAAAUAUACUUUAGCCAUGAUUCUACUCGCACUACCAGGGCAAAAUAUAAGUGACGUGUUAACCUAAUGGUAACCACAUUGUAACCACUCGUUAAACUGUGUGGAAUCAGGAGGGGUGGGGGCGGAGGCGGGAAAUCAAUGCAUCCCGAGCGAUUUAAACCCCAGAAUGUCGCUUGAAUCAGCAUCCUGGUGUCUCUGUUGGAAAUAAACACGAACGGAACGGUCUCAAAAUUGACAUUCUCAACAACCCACCACACAGUGCGUUCUUCCACAUUUAUUACCAUUUCUCCAUCCAAAUACAAAUUCGUGGAUGGCCAUCCCAAACUGCACGCGGUACACAACCUCAACGCAUCGGAGAGCUGCUCAGCACGAUGUAAAAACCGAGGCAAGAUUGGCUGAUUGAUUGCGCUAAAGGGAACAUCGGCUCAAGACUUGUGCAGAAGCGGUUAUGUAGGACGGGUGGCUUACGUAGCCCAACGGUUGCGUAGCCGGGUGGCAAAGAGGGCACACGCCGUGACGCUCGUUAUCAAAAAUCGAUCGCCAGGGUUGGGGUCAUUCCAUGUGCCGAGCAUAGCAGUGCAUCUCGGACGCGUAUCAUGGGUAACUUUGAUGACUGGUGUACUUUUAAAAAUGAAUACGUUGCUUCUGACCGGUUUGUGAAGGGGAAACGCGCCAACCGUAAAUGAUUUGCCGUGGCCAAAGAGGGCUUUUUGUGCGAUGUCGCCUCGUGAACGCACGCGGCGAUCUUGAAUCCCCCGUGGGAUGAUGUAGUGCCGGGUCCACGCCUCCACGAUCAGUUUUGCAACUUGGUUGCAGCAUCGAACGGUGGCAUUCCAGUGGCCCCAUUCGUCACAGGAUGAAGGCCAACUUGGUUGGCUGCAUGCAGCCGAAUCGCUCUUAUGUCGACGUCUCUGCAGGCAGUCACGCAAGCCGUUGCUGACAGUGGACGGUUCUUUCGAGCGAUCUGCCGAGCAAUUUAUAGCAACGCAUUUCAUUGUGUGAUGCACAUUUGUGAACUAUGAUUGGUCGUUACAAUCUCGAUUUGGAUGGCGCGAUUCGGUCAAGGGCACGGGCGGACACCUUGGCUUCUUUUGACGCGUCCUUUUUUCGCGCAGCUCCUCACUCCGAUGGAGACGAAAGCAGUUGCGAGCGAUGAUGUAAGCUGCGACGAUUUUCGAGCGUCAAUUUGGUUGUGCAACCGAUCGCUUAAUGUGUGGAACCCGGCCUCUAGAAUCUCAAUCACAUCUGCCCGCCCUACCCUUACCUUUUGUGCAAACACCACUAUUUAAAAGUUACCAAACUACUUGGAGCCAGCUCGGGUUUUUCCAGGAAUCCUCCAACUCGGGGGGUGCAGCUACCACCCGCAGAGACAAGUGUUGGCGGAGUUCACGUCUGCGCAAUCCGCGGGUGUCAUUCUUUGCGCCCGCAACAACGCAACAAAAACUGAUGCAAUUCUGGAAAUUCCAGACCGCCUCCUGUGCAUAUUUGC